GCUCGGCGAUACGCGAGCUUCGCGAGCGAAGAGUAUUAGUCCGUCGUCGCUUUCAAGGUCCGCGCUUCCGAGUACAGGAACAGUCGAUUCCAAUUCCGCUCCGAUUUCGGAGCGGGACGCGAAAAUCGUAACGUAUAUCGUAGUAUCGAGCGUACGGGACGGAGAAGUUCCGCUGGGUUGGCUACGUGACCGAAAAUCCAUCGAUGAAUCGGAAAAAAAGUAAAGGAGGCCGAUAAAAAGCCGAUCAGAUACAUCGGAUUAUUGCGGUAGUGCGGUCCUUGUUAACAGAACUUGUUCGCCAAUUGACGCGAUAUCGAAGUUUUAUUCUUCUCGCGGUACUUUGCCAUGAAAGUUUUUGCAUCGUCGGCGACCACAGCGAACGUAUAAUUAUUAGAACCAAUAAGUUUAUUAGUUUUUUUUAAGAGAUUAUUCGUACAAUCUGACGGAGGAAGUACGUGGCGCUCGAGCGGCAAACUUUUUGCGAGACGUGAACAGAUUCAAUGAUAAAUUAUUGCAAGAAGUAUAUUAAGUUACAAUAAGAGAAACUGCAACUACGUGCAAAGUAUAGGCUGUCUUAUUGGAUAAAUCAACUGUUAAUUAAGAGAGAUAACGAAUUAACUGCACCUCGGCCUGGAUGAUAUCGAGAUGAUUUGUUCGUUUGUAAAAUAUUAUAGAGUAUGAGCACUCCGUGUUGCUAAGAAAUAUCUCAAUGUCGAAGGUUUUGAAUGAAGACAAAUGAUACUUGACGCGGGAGGCGGCAUUGAUCUUUCGAUUCCUAGAAUCGGAUUAUCGCGACCGACGAUCGUGAAUACGAGUCAUACGUUAUUAGUGAAAGUCGUUCGCGUUCGUAUAGUUUGAGGAUCAAGACUAACGGCGCCACGAUAUUCCCGCCAAGAAUCGCGUGAAGGGGUAAAGAAGGUCAGGAAGGAAAGGAAGGAUCAAGAGAUCUUCACCUGGCUGGAGAAAGGAAAGGAUAAUUGAGCAAAAUGACGGGCGGUCUCUUGUCGACAUUCAAAUUUCGACACACGACGUCGUGAGAAAUCGACAAAACGACGUUUAAGAAGUCGAGAGACCACAGAGCGAAAAGUCGUGUGUCAUUGUUCUCUUUGUCAGCUCUUCUCGAGCGAAUAUCGAAUCGAAGGGAGCCCAAGCACUUUGAACGAGAUCCUUAGAGAGAAAGGAACGGAUCCCAGAUAAAGACAGCGCGAAACCACGAACUAAGAAGCUUCUGAAGAGUUAUUAGGAGCAAAAAGAGAUUCAAGGGGAACCGUCGGAUCGUGUACUUGGUAGAACGGUGCUCUUACGACGGGCUCUUCGCGAGAAGAGACUGCGCGAGAGAUAUAAAGUACUACUGCUAGGAAAACAAAUGGAAAUUUCGUAGAAUAAUACUUCACAAUGCUUCCGGAGUGAAGGUAUUUCACGUAACGGUUGAACUCUGUAGAAAUUUAAAAAGAGAAAGAAAGGAAAUAUCAAACAUGAAACAAUUGAAGCAAAAAAAAAUAGUUAGAACAUGAAACUUCGAGCCUCUUUUAUCCAGUGACAGCGACGAGAUUUACAUUGUACAAUCGAUAUUGUUUGCUAACUUAUAAAAACAGGAAGAUUUAAGUCUAAUAGCAUUACCUCUGUGAAGUUACAAUGAUUUUCUCAUGAUAUCGGCAGUUAACGACUGCUAUUUGCUAGUAGUGACUAAGAAGACGUAAGUAGAAGUUUGAAGAUCGUUAAAUUCCAUAAAGCCUUUGUACUACAAACUCUCUUUAACUUCAUCAUUAAAAACGCUUUCGUUAAAAGCUUUCGAUAUUAGAAAGAUACUGAGGACUGGGUUCUGUUAUGCAGACUUGCAUACAGCAAAUAACUUCAUUUACGUAGCGGAGUAUCGAGAAAGAGAGAGAGAAAGCUUUGUUAGAUGAUCGGUAAUUUCUAUUUUCUCAGCUGAAAAAGAGAUCAGAGAAGAUUAUCUACGGUCAAUCUUUCACUCGAGGAUCAAAAGAAACCGUCCGUUGACAGAAUCUCAUCUCUCUUACAGAAGAUUAUUAUGAACAAUUUCAGCUGGAAAUUGAAUGAGUAAAAUCAAAUCUCACGAAGUGCGUAUAAAAACAAAAGAUCAACUUCGAAGCAAUUUAUUUGCUGAAAGCAAAUGAAAAUUGGAAGAAACGAGACGCGUAAUUCAUCAUAGACUUACAAAAAUCUCGUUUCUUCGGCAGUAUAUUAGAAUAAUAAUAAGCAUCUUACUUGGAUGAAGUUUGACCUUCGUUACUCGUCUCGAAAAAGCACGUGCGCUUUAACUCCCGAAUUUUAAUUAUUCCGAUUUAUAUUCAAGCAAAUCAAUUUACGGGAAGGUACGGAGGAUGCGAGGAAUCGCAGUCGUAAGGACGCGACUAAGCAGCGACCAGACGCGACAAGAGUCUCGCAAAACGAUCACGGGGUGACGGCGACGAUCCAUCGGUUCGCUGCCGCGAAUUGGAGCGUAAGAGAUCCGUACUCCCGCCGGUAUCAUUCCAUUUACCCGACCGGAAACGCGCCGAGAAGAAUACGAAUUCACCGCGGAUCCUACAGGCCGUUUCUCGCUUCGCCGAUGCACGAAAGAAGUUCGUGACGAAAGCGGAACGCGUUCGAACGUGACGGAGAUCGUUCGUGGUAGAAAAGAAAAGGAAAAAGGAAGAAAAAGAAAUGAUGUCAGAUCGCGAAACGAUUGUCCUUUUGUGUUGAAGGACCUUCUGACGACGAUCUCGAUAUUGCGAUAUUCCGUCGCGGCGCGUAAGAAGAAAAGAAUCGCCACGCGAGAAUCAUUCACCAUCGUUGAACGGUUCGACAAACCGAUAUCCUGAGGAUGACGCGUGUCGCGUAUCGACUCGGUCUCCAUCAGCUCCUCCUGGGGAUCAGCUUGCUGAUCGAGCCCCUGAUGGGCUACAACGUCCUGAUGGCCACUAUGGGUGGUACCAAGUCCCAUACGGUGCCCUUCGUCGCUCUUGGUACGAGUCUGAGGUCACGGGGGCACAACGUCACGCUGCUGAGCGCUUUCCCCGGUCCCGCGGCGAAUAAUGAUCUUCACGAACUGGUGCCAUCGAUCCUCGAGGCUUAUGUCGAGAAUUUCACGGCUGAGUGGGACCUAGUGGGCGCCAGGUUCCGGAAUGAGCUUCCGGUAUCACCGUGGGACGCUAUGAGAUACGCCUGGGAGUCAUGCGAGGCUUUGCUCCAGGACGCGUCGUCGAUAGCCAGCAUGAGAAAACCGAAUGGCGAUUCGCACGCCCGAUGGGACGUCGCGGUGCUUGACGGCGCUUAUCCCGAGUGCAUGUUGGGGAUCCUCCAUGGCGAAAAUGUGCCGACGAUAAUGUUGAAUACGGUGGCACUGUACAGCGGGUCCAUUAUGCGACAGGGCAAUCCAUCACCUUGGUCGGUGACGCCGUAUUUCGGUAAGGCGAUCACUCAGGACAUGACUUUCUUCCAGAGAGUCCUGAACGCGGCGGCUCUGCUCACUCUAAAGAUUAUGCAUUGGUUCACGGUCUCGAUUUAUCUUCAGCCAACGCUCCAGAGAUACCUCGGCAAUCAUAUACCCAACGAUCUGCACAGCCUGACGGCGGAGGUUCCUCUGACUUUGCAGAACAGUCAUUAUAGCGUGGGCGAUUCCUUGCCCUACUUGUCGAACGUUGUAAACGUGGCGUGCCUUCACUGCAGACCGGCGAUGCAAUUAAGCUCCGACUUAGAAUCCUUUCUACGACGCGGUUUCGUGUUUGUCUCGAUGGGAUCAUCGGUGCGGGCUUCUGGGAUGCCGGAAGCGUUACGGCAGAUCUUUGUCGCGGUAUUCUCCACGCUACCGUACAAUGUCGUGUGGAAGUGGGACGGUGGUAAGAUCAAGGAUCUGCCGGCGAAUGUGAGGACGGCUGCCUGGUGGCCACAGCAGGAGCUGCUCGGCCAUCCCAAGCUACGUGCCUUUGUUUCUCACGGCGGACUGCUAUCUUUGCACGAAGCGGCUUACCACGGUGCACCGACUCUGGUCUUGCCAGUCUUCUGCGAUCAUGAUGGAAAUGCGGCGCAAGCUGGUAAACUGGGUUACGCUUUGGUAAUGGAUCUGGCUGGUAUAUCCAUUACUGCGCUUCGCGAAGGUAUAAUUAAAGUCGCCGCACUUCAUAAUAACUCGUACAGACACGUUGCCAAACAUGGCGGAGCCGAUCAUUUGAAAAGUUCAAUUCGGUACAUGAGCGUGUUCCAUUAUUACAGCGUGGAUGUCGUGCUAUUUUAUAUAUUCAGUUUAAUUCUGAUAAUUUAUGGACUUAAAAAAUUAUGUUGGCGAGUGGUAAUCGGUCAAGAUGUCUUUAAGAAGAAAGUAGACUGACGGAUAAAAUUCUGUGAAAUUCUCUGCCAAAUUAAUUUUAUUUAUUGUAGCGAAUAGGAUGUGUCCUCUUAAUGAUAUGGUAAGUAUUGGGACUAAAUAGAGAUUAUAUAAAUCGAAGGAUAUUCUCGACUUUUUAAAGAUCUCUAAUAUAU